GUGGAGGGCCUCGAGGAGGGCGCCGGCGGCUGGGAGCCCACCCCGCCCUGGGCCGAGAGCGGCGGCUCGGACGCCGAAGGCCCGGGGGGCCCCGCGUGGGCGGAGCCGGAGUGCCGACACCUUGGCCGCGCAGGCGAUCUCUGCUCGGAGGUCCCCGCCGCGGCGAUCGAGCGCUUCCACUCCAUCGACACCACGGGCACCACCCCGUCGAUGCGGUGCGCCGUGGAGCGGGCCUGCGCGGGCACCACCCCAUCGAUGCGGUGCGCCGCUGAGCGGGCCAGCGCGGGCUCCGCCCCGUCGAUCCAGUACGCCAUGGAGCAGGUGGGCCGGCACCUGCGCUCCUCCAAGGAGCGCCACUGCUGGACCCUGGGCAGCCUGGGCGGCGCUGCCGGGGCGGCCAAGGUCGAGCUCGAGCACAGCAAAGUGUCUGGAAAGAGGCGGGUGCUCAUGGACGGCGACCUCGUCUUUUCCACCAAGGAGCGGACCUUCAACUGGACAUGGGAGCACCCUGCGCUGAGGUCGCAGAUCACCAUCCAGUCCGACAACGGCCAUCACCGCCUCUCGGUGCUCGACACCGCGGACGGCGCCGCCGCGUGCUGGAGCCCGGGGCAGGGGCCCGCGCCCGAGGCGGCGCGCGCCCCGGCCGAGCUGCAGGAGGAGCAGGCCCUCGCCGCCCCCACGGCGCCCAGGGCCGCGCGCACGCCCUCGCGACGGCGCCCCGCGCGGAACAGCAGCGGCGCCCGCGGCCCCGGCGCCGGCGGCCGCCGCCGGAGCAGCAGCCGCUCGGGCGCUCGCCUCGCACGGCGCAGGGGCUCCAGCCUGCCGCGGCAGGCCCCAGCGGGCGAUGAGGGCCCCUCGCCGCCGGAGGACCUCGAGGAGGUCGAGGGCAGAGGCAGCGGCACGCCAGAUGCGGAGCACGCGGCGGAGUCCGCGCGCCUCCAGGCCCUCAUCAGCGCCCGCGACGCGAAGAUCGCCAUGCUGGAGGGCCAGCUGCGCCGGUGCACGGCCGGCGCGGGGGACUCGCCGACGGGGCAGCUGCGCCGCUGCGCGGCUGGCGCGGAGGGCUCGCCGGCGGCCCCUGCGGCGGCCAGCACUGCUGCACCCCGAUCCCGCAGCCCGCCCCGUGGGGGAGAUCGCCGCUGCGCCGCCGUCCAGGGCGCCCCGGCCCUCCACCAGGCGCCCGCCUGCGCCUCGGCGCCCGAGGCGCGCGUGGAUUCGCAGGAUCAGGCCAUCCUAGCCAAGGCAGCCGAGCUCGAUGUCAUAGAUUUGUCUGUUGUGCAGGUGCAUAUCUCGAGCUCCUCGAAGGGCCCGAUUGCAUUUCAGGAGCGCAUCGAUUCCAAUGUGAACUGCCUCGGUACGCAGUUCAACGCUGUGAACGCCAAGCACGAGGCGUUGCUGGUAGCGACGAGGGUCCCGCCGCAGUGUGUGAUUCCGCCGCCGCAGUUCCUGGUGCCUGCCCAGCUGCUCAUGGCAGGCACACCGGGCUGCGCCGCGGGGCCCGAGAGGGGGCUCGACAGCGACCGGUCGAGCUGCGUGCAGUGCUCAGAGUUGUUGGGAGCGAUUAAGGGUACUCAUGGCUGCUCAUUGUGGCUCCGCAAAGGCGCCCCGCUGGUCCCUGACCUACCAGGCAGUAUUGUCAAGAGGCAUGCGGUCACCUUGGCCUUGGCGGAGCCUGCCAUACUCGUCGUUGACGAUGCGGUUGGAGUUGCGGCGACGAGGGGGGUUGAUUUCGCCUCGAGCCCGGUGGAGACAGAGGCCCACCUUCCUUCAUUGGAGCAGAGGUGGGAGUGA